AGCUCUUUUUUAGCUGUAAUUAGUUUGGUAAGUCAAAGCAAACAUAAACUGAUUUUUAAAAACAAAAAAAAAAGUAAGAUGAUUGAUAGUGAUGACAAACCAUUCAAGCCUGUAUCACCUACUGUUACCUAACAUAUAAUUGAUUAUGAAUACCACCCAGGAAUUAUUUACUUUGCCCCUGCUUUUCUUGCAUGGAUGAGUGCCAAAAUACUCAAAAGAGAAAAAAGAAAUAAAAAAAACAUUAGUGUUUAUCGCACAAUGUACUUAAUUAAAUGCAUUUGACGUAAUGAUUUUCAACUAAACACCCGCCAUCAGUUAACACUAUAUAUAUACUGCUUCCCAUUGUUGAAAAAACGUGUGUUAGUUGUGUUCUCCUUUUUCCAUUUUUAAGCUAUAUUACAUCUCUGUCUGGUUUUGUUCUGAGUUUUCUAGAUAGUUAGAGGAGAAAAAAGAUACAGUCGUGCAGCGCGAUAACAUUGGUUUUAUGUAAUCUUGAGUCCUGAGAAAUCUGCUUCAGCUUGCAGAUCCUUGUCUUCUUUGCUUCCUUUUUUAUAUUUCUGGCAUCAGUUUUAAAGAUUAAUCAAAUUUAGGAGUUGGCUUUCAGGUUUAGCUGUUUUGUAAUGGAAAUCGUGGAUUUAUCAAAGCAGGACGAAUCCCUUCCAACACUUAUCAGACACAUAUCAUCCAAUGAAGUGGCUGGCUUUGAUAGCAACAGUAAUAUGGAUACUCAGUACCAGCCAAGUGGUUCUCUUCCUUUGAGCUCAUCAGCCACGGGAAUUGAUACUGCUGCUUUUGCGAAACACUCGGAGGAGUCUCAACCCAUCAACCAUCAAAGGACGCAUUCUAUUUCCAUUAGCAUGCCAAAUUCUCCAAUAAGACACAGCUCAGAGGACAACAGAAGAGUACCUUUUGAAGAAAUUGGUGAAACAAUUCUCAGCAAUGGAAUUCCAGUUUUUCCUGCUGCAUCUAUGAUCACCGGCAUUCGCACAAAUAAAGUAAAAUUCCUUUCCCAGCCAAUGCCAAAGGGAUAUGCAGUUGAGGGAGCAAUCGACAUUGCUAACUUACCCUACCAUCCGAGUCUAAAAAAGUUGAAAGAUAAAAGAUAUGAUUCUUUCAAAACAUGGUCUGGGAAAUUUGAGAGGCAGUUAUCACAUUUACGUGGGAAGCCACGUGAAGAUUCACCAGAAAAUUCUGUGGAGCAUAAAUUAGAUAAGGAUGCUUUACCUGUAGAUCGAUACUAUGAUGCAUUGGAAGGUCCUGAAUUGGAGAACCUUAGGGCCUCAGAGGAAAUAGUUCUACCAGAUGAUAAAACAUGGCCAUUUCUUCUCCGGUUUCCGAUCUCUUCGUUUGGUAUCUGUCUUGGCGUUAGUAGCCAAGCAAUCAUGUGGAAAACCAUGGCAACCUCUCCCUCCACAAAAUUUCUCCAUGUUAGUCCAAAUGCAAAUCUUGUCCUAUGGUGCAUCUCUCUUGCUCUUUUAGUCCUUGUCGCUUGCACCUAUAUGCUGAAAAUGAUUCUCUACUUUGAAGCAGUUCGGCGCGAAUACUACCACCCUAUCCGUGUCAAUUUCUUCUUUGCACCAUGGAUAGCCUUACUGUUCUUAGCACUAGGAGUGCCUCCUUCAGUUACUAACAACCUGCCUGCUUGCCUCUGGUACAUCCUCAUGACUCCAUUUCUGUGUCUUGAGCUCAAGAUCUACGGACAGUGGAUGUCCGGUGGGCAACGAAGGCUUUCAAAAGUGGCAAAUCCUUCAAACCAUCUCUCGGUUGUAGGGAACUUUGUUGGGGCACUGUUGGGUGCAUCAAUGGGGCUAAAAGAAGGACCUAUUUUCUUCUUUGCUGUUGGGUUGGCUCACUAUACAGUCCUAUUUGUAACUCUGUACCAGAGACUCCCAACAAAUGAAACACUCCCAAAGGAGCUACAUCCAGUAUUCUUUCUGUUUGUGGCAGCACCUAGUGUUGCUUCCAUGGCAUGGGCAAAGAUUCAAGGAUCCUUUGAUUAUGGAUCACGGAUCGCUUACUUCAUCGCCUUGUUUCUAUAUUUUUCACUAGCAGUUCGUAUCAAUUUUUUCCGUGGAUUUAAGUUCUCAUUGGCUUGGUGGGCGUAUACUUUUCCAAUGACUGGAGCUGCCAUUGCAACCAUUAGGUACUCAAACGAAGUCACCAAUGUAGUCACUCAAAUUCUCGAGGUCCUGCUCUGUGCUAUUUCCACAUUAAUAGUAACAGCUUUGCUUGUAACAACAAUAAUCCACGCCUUUGUGCUCAGAGACUUGUUUCCCAAUGACCUUGCAAUUGCAAUUAGCGACAGGAAACCAAAACAUCAUAAUCAUCUUCAUCAUAUAAAGUGGUUACCACAUGGAAGACUUGGAAGCUCAGAAAAGAAGGAGAUUGAAAAUUACUUGAAGUAUGCAACCUCAGAUUGCAAUGACAUUGAAGCUUCUACAAACCAUCCUAGCUCGGAAGAUAGCAAAUAGUAAAGCCUGUUACAUAUAUAGAAUUUAGACUUAUGUCAGUUUAAUUAGGAGAUGCUUGCCAUUUUCUAAUUCUUCAACCUAUAGCCAUGGGAGGAACACAAAAUCCUGGCACAUUUUGAUAUAGUUCCAGUGAGCAUGUGCUGAGAAGGAAAUGAAGAUUUAUGCGGUAAGUUUUAUGUAGCGUAUAGGAACUAUGAUAUGUAUUGAUAGAUUGAGGAGAUUCUGGGAGGUCUGCUCGGAGAUUGUCGGGUUGAGUCCAGUGAGUGUAUUUACAAAAUGAAGGAGAAAGGCGGUCAACGUGGGAUGCUGGCAUUCCCACUAUGAAGCCCAAGUAGAUUAUAAAAUUAAAGAAUUGAGAGGAGCCUUACCUUUUGUGUAUUAAGUAUUUAUAAGAAUUUAUAUUGAAAUUUUUUAUAUAAUAUAUUGGACUUUGACCUA